AUGUUUGCCAAGUUGAUGCUCGUUGCUCUGUGCGUGGUUGGUGGUGCCCAGGCGGGUCUUUUGCCCUUUGCUGCACCUGCACCACUUGCUGCCGCUGGCGUGGUGGCUCCCUAUGCCUCCAGCUUCAAUGCGCAUCGGAUUAACCACGCAGUGGCUUAUCCAGUAGCACCACCAGUGGCUCCAGUGGCUUUCGCUGCUCCAGUUCCCGCACCAGUGGCCUUUGCUGCACCACCGAAGGUUGCUUUCGCUGCGCCAGCUUUGGCUCCUGCACCUGCCUUUGCUGCUCCAGUUGCUGCUCCUCUGGGUGCUCCUUUGGCUGCUCCCUUUGCUGCACCUCUGCCCGCGCCAGUUGCCACUCCCUUCGGAUUUGCUGCUCCUGCGCCAGUGGCUUUCGGUGCACCCGCUAGAUUUGGUUUCCCAGCAGCGGCGCCAUUUGCUGCCCCCUUCCCGGCUCCAGUGCCUGCGCCUCUGGCCGUGGCACCCAAAUUCGCACCAGCGCCUUAUUUCUUCUAAAUAUGCCCACUUAGAGUUAAACAUCUCCCUACUAGCAACAAAUCUCAACUAGAAAGCAAAAUGCUUGGCAAAUAAAUUGUAUAAGUUCACUUUA